CAGAGGGACGAGCUAACCAGACAAUGGCCCAGGGCACAUUGAUCCGUGUGACCCCAGAGCAGCCCACCCAUGCCGUGUGUGUGCUGGGCACCUUGACUCAGCUUGACGUCUGCAGCUCUGCCCCUGAAGACUGCACGUCCUUCAGCAUCAGCGCCUCUCCAGGGGUGGGCGUGGAUAUUGCCCACGGCCCUCCAGCCAAGAAGAAGUCCACAGGUUCCUCCACAUGGCCCCUGGACCCUGGGGUAGAGGUGACCCUGACGAUGAAAGCGGCCAGUGGUAGCACAGGCGACCAGAAGGUUCAGAUUUCAUACCAUGGACCCAAGACUCCACCAGUCAAAGCUCUACUCUAUCUCACCGGGGUGGAAAUCUCCCUGUGCGCAGACAUCACCCGUACCGGCAAAGUGAAGCCAACCAGAGCUGUGGAAGACAAGAGGACCUGGACCUGGGGCCGUUGUGGACAGGGUGCCAUCCUGCUGGUGAACUGUGACAGAGACAAUCCUGAAUCUUCCGCCAUGGACUGCGAGGAUGACGAAGUGCUUGACAGCAAAGACCUGAAGGACAUGUCCCUGAUGACCCUGAGCACGAAGACCCCCCAGGACUUCUUCACUAAGCAUACUCUGGUGCUCCACGUGGCCAGGUCUGAGAUGGACAAAGUGAGGGUGUUUCAGGCCACACGGGGCAGACUGUCCUCCAGGUGCAAGGUAGUCCUGGGUCCCAAGCAGCCCUCUCACUACCUGAUGGUCCCAGGCGGAAGGCACAACAUGGACUUCUACGUGGAGGCCCUCGCUUUCCCAGACACCAACUUCCCAGGGCUCAUUACCCUCACCGUCUCCAUGUUGGACACGUCCAAACUGGAGCUCCCCGAGGCUGUGGUGUUCCAAGACAGCGUGGUCUUCCGCGUGGCGCCCUGGAUCAUGACCCCUAACACCCAGCCCCCACAGGAGGUGUACGUGUGCAGUAUUUUUGAAAAUGAGGACUUCCUGAAGUCAGUGACUGCUCUGGCCAUGCAAGCCAGGUGUAAGCUGACCAUCUGCCCCGAGGAGGAGAACAUGGAUGACCAGUGGAUGCAGGAUGAAAUGGAGAUCGGCUACAUCCAAGCCCCACACAAAACGCUGCCCGUGGUAUUUGACUCUCCAAGGAACAGAGGCCUGAAGGAGUUUCCUGUCAAACGCGUGAUGGGUCCAGAUUUUGGCUACGUAACUAGAGGGCCCCAAACAGGGGGUGUCAGUGGGCUGGACUCCUUUGGGAACCUGGAAGUGAGCCCCCCGGUCACAGUCGGGGACAAGGAAUACCCGCUGGGCAGGAUUCUCUUCGGGGACAGCUGUUAUCCCAGCAGUGACAGCCGGGAGAUGCACCAGGCCCUGCAGGACUUCCUCAGCGCCCAGCAGGUGCAGGCCCCUGUGAAGCUCUAUUCUGACUGGCUGACCGUGGGCCACGUGGACGAGUUCCUGAGCUUCGUGCCUGCACCCGACAGGAAGGGCUUCCGGCUGCUCCUGGCCAGCCCCAGGUCCUGCUACAAACUGUUCCAGGAGCAGCAGAAUGAGGGCCACGGGGAUGCCCUGCUGUUCCAAGGGAUCAAGAGUAAGUCGACCCUGCCUUGUUCUCCCAUCCUGCUUCCCCCCCACCACCGGCAGUUCCCCACUCACUGCCUCUGCCCCUCCCCUCAGAGAUGCAUUGACUGGAACCGCGAGCUGCUGAAGCGGGAGCUGGGCCUGGCUGAGAGUGACAUCAUCGACAUUCCGCAGCUCUUCAAGCUCAAAGAGUUCUCCAAGGCCGAAGCCUUUUUCCCCAACAUGGUGAACAUGCUGGUGCUGGGGAAGUACCUGGGCAUCCCCAAGCCCUUUGGGCCCAUCAUCAAUGGCCGCUGCUGCCUGGAGGAGAAGGUGUGUUCCCUGCUGGAGCCUCUGGGCCUGCACUGCACUUUCAUCAAUGACUUCUACACCUACCACAUCAGGCAUGGGGAGGUGCACUGCGGCACCAAUGUGCGCAGAAAGCCCUUCUCCUUCAAGUGGUGGAACAUGGUGCCCUGAGCCCAUCUUCCCGGGCGUCCUCUCCCUCCCGGCCAGAUGUCGCUGGGUCCUCUGCAGUGUGGCAAGCAAGAGCUCUUGUGGAGAUUGUGGCUUCCUGGGGGCAGCCAGCCCUCCCAGCACUGGCUUGCUUUCUUCUUCUAUGUCCCAGUUUCCCACUCUGAAGACCCCAAGAUGAUCCUAGCAUUGCACACUCAGUUCUGCUCUAAGAAGCUGCAAUAAAGUUUUUUUAAGUCACUUUGUA